UAUUUAUACACACACGCGCAUUGUAUAUGCGAAUUGUGUAUGUACCGUGGGGUGUACAUAUUUGGUAGACACAUUGCCGUUAUUUUUUUUUUUUUUUAGUUUCUCAAUGAGCUGAUAAUGCCUGUCGUAUUGGGGUUGCGCAUCAAUUUAAGUCCCAUUUACCGCCUAUUCUGCGCACAGAGAACGAGCACUGCGUUGGUGCAGAGAGGAGCCAGGAGUUUACCGAGUGUGCACUUCAGUUUUUCUCUGUCAAGGAACACCUUGCACCAUGGCGCUGUUUGGAACGCAGGUGGCCUCGUGCUGCAGUAGAGUGCCGUAUAGAAAUGUACAACUUUGUUUCUCACCUCGGCUCACAAAAAUGCUUGAAAUGACGUAUGCACUCAUAGCUGAAAAUUUGCAGAAGCCAGCGACUUCGACUCUGGAAAAAUUUUGCGAGUGCCUAGAUAGCGAAGACGAGCGCGCGACCAUCAACUCGGCCCACCUCGUGGCGGGCCUGGUCAAGGUGGAGGAGAACGUACCGGUUCUUCUGUCGAUCUUGGUACACGGGACUCCUAGAAUGGCCGUCAAGGUUGCGUCGACUAUGGCAGACGUUUUGGCCAGAGGCGACGAGCUGUCGUUUGAGGGUGGUCGUACAUUGCAGUCCGUGGUGAAAUUGGAUCCGGAGGACUGGCCGAAAAUUGCCGAGAAGUUGACAGCGUUCGAGGGUCCGCCAGACAGGCGAAUCGAGGCGUUGACGUUUUUGACAGCUCUCGCGAACGCUCAGAACGAGGCGCUCAAGGUGGUCGCGUUCGAGGUGCUGGGCGUCAUGCUGAGGCGGUGCUGCGCGCAGGAGGCGACGCCUAGGGAGAGGAACGCGUGCCUUACCUUCGCUUGUGGUUUAUUGGCGGCCUUUGGCGGCAGGGCGGAUGAAAGCGAGUAUUUUAGAGCGGCGAGCGACGCGAGGCUGGCGGAGGACAUGGUAGCUUUGAUUGGAAUGGGGGCUCACUCGAAGCUCACGAGCGGCAAUUUGGGAUUGGUGUUGAAGGUCGUGAGUAGUUUUCUUUCGGUCGAAAAGGUUGCGAGGUUUUUGUCAGAAAAAACGCCAAUUGUCGAACUCGUUGUUUCGAUUGCGUCGAACGACGAGCUGGCUUUUGCGAGCACGUUGGUCACGUCUAGGCUGGUUAGGGUGUGCGGUUACUUGAUGUGCGGCGCGAGGGAGAUCGACGAGAUGGUUCAAAAUGGAGUUUUUCAGUUCAUUUCCAAGUGCCUUGACAGUGACAGAAGCUGGCGAUUUGCCGUGCCGGACCAGAGUUUGGCGGCCAGGGACGAGGUCCUACGCGCGGCGCUGGGGACGCUGAGUUUGUUUGUGGUGGCUGACUACGUGCCGUCGGGCUGGCUCGGCGUAGUGGAGAGCACCGACUUGAUUGGUCGGGUUUACGGCUUGACGCACCCUUCGAACGCGCAGGGAGUGCGGGUGCGGGCGAUCGCGGCGAUUUCCAACCUGCUGACGAUCAGCGAUUUUCAGAAGCUGUUCUCGAAGGCCGGGAGGCACUUGGACCUGCUGGCACUGCUCGAAGAGGCCUCCAGGCUUUCCAAUCAGUGCGAGGCGACGAUGUACUGCAUGGCGCUGACGUCGCUGUACCACUUGUCGCUGUACCACGAGCUGAUUCAGAUUGAGUUGGUGAAGAAGGGGAUUAUCGAGAUUUUGAGCGACGCGCUGCACGCGCUCUUCCGGAAGGGCGUCGCCGGCGUUUGCAACGACGACGGCGUUGAGUCCAACGGGAAGUGGGCCGUUUUCAAGUCGUUGUUGAAUUUUUCGCUGGUCAGAGGGGUCGCGGACAAGUACGCGAGCGACCGCGUGAUUGACACGCUGUUGUCGUUUUUGAACGGGGACCCCGACGGGCAGCCGUUCGUGGAGACGGUGUUGAUGAUCUUGGACAACCUGGCGCUGGAGCCGGGGUUUUCGUUGGCUUUCAUGAAGCCGGAGAGGAUUUCCGCGCUGGUCGAGACGUUGAUUUCUUCGGGCCGACGGGCGUCCUAUUGCAUGGUCUUGGUGCAGCUCAUCAUGAAGUUGUGCCGGGUGAGAGAGUGCGGCACGUACAUCUGCAGGCGGUAUUUGAAGCAGAUAGAGGCGAUUUCGUCCUCGGAGGAGAGCACGUCCACCGCCGCGUCGCUGCUCAGGACGCUGACCGCGUUGGUCAGGUGGUCUUCGUCCGGCCAGUUGAAGGUCAGCGGCGCCAUCGAGCGGCCGCGGGUGGGGGAAAGGCCGGUCGAGACGCAGCGGGCGCCGGCGAGGGAGGACGCGGCGAGGGAAAAGGCGCGGCUGGGGCCGGGCGAGGGCGGUUUCGGGAGCGAGGAGAGCGCCACGAGCGCUUCGAGGAAGGACGGCGGCGACGGCGUGAGAUCCGCGACCUCGUCCAGGGAAGAAGAGGUCAAGUCGGUGGGCGCGGGGACGGAGAAGGGGACAGCGGCGGCGACGAAGAGGAGGCAAGAGUGGGUUUCUGCGUCCGUGCCCGCUCUUGGAAUGGGGUCUCGGACGGCGUCCGCGUCGCCGAUGAGGUCUAUAGGGCACAUGAGGUUGGUCGAGAAGUCGCCGACGCCACCUCCGAAGCGACCGUCGUCGCCGCGCGUGCAGAAGGCGGCUUCCGGAAGCAGCGGGUCCUCAGCUCCGCUGGACGUCGGGAAGAUGGGCGCGGCGGACGUGCGGGCCCACUUGCCCAAGCAGUUGAACCUCCGGGCUUCUGCGCAACUGCUGCGCGAGGACGACAGGAUGGCCAAGUCGGUGGACGAGGCGACGAGGCCGUCCACCGUGCUCAAGGUGAUCAAGUACUUCGAGGGAAAGGGCUUCGGAAAGAGGAACUAUCCAACUAGGGCGGGCAAGAGCCUAGACCUGGAGACGGCGGCCUACUUCAACGGGACGCCCAAGUCCUCUCCGGAUGUGCAUUCAAAAAACGCGGCGGCAUCUCGCGGACGCAACUACCAGAGACUGAUAGACGUCAGGUCUAUGAGGGUGUCUCGGUACGAGGAGUCGCCGCCGAUGGACACGAGUUCGACGGAAGACGUGACCAACUUCGUGGAGAGGCCCGAACUGAGAGAAUUCGACUUUUCGUCCAUGAAGGACCAAUUCGUGUUGGACGAAGAAUGGGAAAAACUAGACUCUGAAUUCCAAAAGUCCAACUCCAAGAGAAACAAGAUCAUACGGGAGCUGUAUUCCACGGAGAUAACCUACGUCGACAACCUUUCCAUCUUGAUCAAGAAGUUCUACAGGCCGUUGCUUUACAUGGCCAACGGUCCGAAACCGUUGAUUAGCGAGUCCGACUUGCGGAUUAUUUUCUCCUCGAUCGAGAUCAUCUACAGCUUUCAUUUCAUCCUACUGGAGCGUCUGAACGAAAAACUGAAGAACUGGAACCCCGACACGACGCUGAGCGACGUCUUCUUCUUCCUGGCCGACUUCAUCAAGAUCUACGCCGGGUACAUCAACAACUACGACCGAGCGAUCGAAAUGCUCACCGACUACAGACAGAAGGACCCCCGCGCGAGGGAAUUCUUGGACAAGGGACUGCAGGACCCCGAGUGCGGCAUGAGGUCUCUGGACUCCUUCCUGAUCAUGCCAGUUCAGCGCCCGCCGCGGUACUUGCUCCUGUUCAUCGAACUGAUCAAGCACACGGACCCGUCGCACCCGGAUCGGGAGGUCUCGGACCUGGCGCUGAAAAAGCUGAAAAUGGUCGUCUCCUACUUGAACGAGAAUCGAAAGGCCGUCGAGUACCGACGAUGCUUGAUCGAGCUGUCCGAGGCCAACAACAUUUCGGAGUACACCGACUUCAUCUUCCAACCGCACCGACAGCUGAAGGCGUCCAUGAAGGUCUCAUGGAUACAGGAGGGCGUAGAGCGCAUUUUCUACGGCAGCGUGUGCAUGUUCAACGACGCCCUUUUGCUGUGCAAGCAAAAGAGUACGUCGUCGAAACGGAACAUUUUCGGCGUGGUGAUGUUCGCGAACGUUACGAGCCAUUCCUUGGAAAAAGACGUCCUACAGUUCACUUGUGGAAAUCUAAAAGACACGAUCAAGCUCAUCUUCCCAAGCCAAGAAGAGGGCAAAAUAUUCCACAGGAGAUACUUGGAGAUCACGGAGCGCGGCAGUUGCAGUUGCAGUGAAAGCCAGCGAUCAUGAAGGCAUUUUUCCUUUCGUUGGUGUGCAUUUGGGCGAGAAGGGAAAAAAACGCAUUUGGGUGCCUUCUCCUAUGUGGAGACGCAGUUUUUAUUUCCGUGCGGUUUUGUGCCCUCGCGCAUUGCAAAGAACGUAGCGCGGGAAAGCUUCGCGGAGCUAUGCAUUCGCAACUGUGAGGGGAAGCAUCAGGGCAGAGACGGUACGACAUUUUGCAAGUGACACGGCUGAAGCAUUUUGAUGUAUAUAUAAAGGGGCAUGUACAACGAUAAGAAAUACGCGGUGCACGAGACGUGUCCAGCAUGCCUGGCCUUCGGGCUCAAAGGAAGUUAUUGUGUGCAUAGCGGCCGUUAAAUUGUUAAAAAAAUGCGUUUUUUUUUUUUUUUUUUU